ACUACGAGAGUUAGGUGUACUGUCAGGCGCCUAACCAAAAUUAGUAUAGACGUUCGAUGCUUACAACAGAAUACAUCAAGAGAAGGAAGGUUUGGUCUUAUAUCGCCUGAUUGCCGUAUUAAAAAAUGGCCUCGUUCUUCUGUCUGCCAUUCACAUUUCAUUAAACAGACAGUAAAUGUGUUAAGUAGAAUUACGAAAAACAUGCCUUGAUCCAGAAUGUGUUGCAUUCGGCCCCGGUGACGUGUCGUUUAUGACUACACGUACACAUGUUCCCAAGGAGAAAAUUAUUUGCAUUUCAGCAAUGGAACAAAAAUUGCACAGCUACAAACACAAAUGGCAGGACCUCAAGACAAAGAACAAAGACGAUACAAUAUCGUGCACGGAUGAAUACAUAAAUGGUGAAACAUAAAAGUAACGGGGUGUAUGUUGCAAUGUUGUUAAACCCAGUGCGUUCCUCGUAUAUAGCCGUGUGUCAGAAACUGUGUGUCAUUGCCCCGUAUACAGCUGUGUGCCAGUGACCGUGUGUCAGUGCCCCGUGUACAGCUGUUUGUCAGUGACUGUGUAUCAGUACACCGUAUAGAGCUGUGUGUCAGAGACCAUGUGUCAGUGCCCCGUAUACAGCUGGGUGUCAGUGAUCGUGUGUCAUUGCCCCGUAUACAGCUGUGUGUCAGUGACCGUGUGUCAGUACCCCAUAUACAGCUGUGUGUCAGUGACCGUUUGUCAGUGCCCCGUAUACAGCUGUUUGUCAGUGACCGUGUGUCAGUGCCCAGUAUAGAGCUAUGUGUCAGAGACCAUGUGUCAGUGCCCCGUAUACAGCUGUUUGUCAGUGACCGUGUGUCAGUGCCCAGUAUAGAGCUAUGUGUCAGAGACCAUGUGUCAGUGCCCCGUAUACAGCUGUGUGUCAGUGACCGUGUGUCAUUGCCCCGUAUAGAACUGUGUGUCAGAGACCUUGUGUCAGUGCCCUGUAUACAGUUGUGUGUCAGUGACUGUGUGUCAUUGCCCUGUAUUCAGCUGUAUAUCAGAGACUGUGUGUCAGUGCCCCGUAUAGAGAUGUGUGUCAGUGACCGUGUGUCAUUGCCCCGUAUACAGCUGUAUGCCAGUGACCGUGUGUCAGUGCCCCGUGUACAGCUGUUUGUCAGUGACCGUGUAUCAGUACACCGUAUAGAGCUGUGUGUCAGAGACCAUGUGUCAGUGCCCCAUAUACAGCUGGGUGUCAGUGACCGUGUGUCAUUGCCCCGUAUACAGCUGUGUGUCAGUGACCGUGUGUCAGUACCCCAUAUACAGCUGUGUGUCAGUGACCGUGUGUCAGUACCCCAUAUACAGCUGGGUGUCAGUGACCGUGUGUCAUUGCCCCGUAUACAGCUGUGUGUCAGUGACCGUGUGUCAGUACCCCAUAUACAGCUGUGUGUCAGUGACCGUGUGUCAUUGCCCCGUAUACAGUUACGUGUCACACCGCACACAUUUAAUAAGAUGUGACACAUAUUUCAUGACAAAGAUACACCAGCAGCUACAAAAACACACAGACACACAUACAGGCAUUAAUUCUCCACAGGGACCUAGUGACCGGUUUAUUUCGACCUCAAGAUCACCCUUCCCUUCCCAUCAGUGUGCUGGGCAGGACCCGGGCUUGUUUCGCAUACUGCGGGGGGCUUCAGUCUUUCAGUCUGCGGUGUCUCGGUCACCCCCACCCUCCGCAGCUCGCACAGUCGCAGUCGGUGGAGCUGCUCACGUAUCGGACACAUAUCGUGUCCUGCUUUCUGCGCACAAAGGACUCCCUCCUGCCGGUCGCAGCCUUCUCUACGGCUCUGCGCUCCCACCUGAACCGCCGCCCUGCCUGAUGGAAGAAGUACCAGCUCCAGCGGUCAUUUAGAGCCGGCGCCUCGCCGCUGACAGCCAAGACGGGGGGCACUAUGAGCGAGUCGGUGCCAGUCACCCCGAGCUGGAUGGCCCCUGACCCCACCUGGGCCGGCGAGGGGACGGCGGCCGGGAACGUCACUGUUGCGACGGCGCCCACAACAACACCCACGAUGCGAAGCGUAGCUGUACCGGUGAACCCCUGGGACGUGGUGCUGUGCAUCUCAGGCACACUGAUUGCCUGUGAGAAUGCCGUGGUGGUGUUAGUGAUCUGGCAGAACCCAGGUUUGCGAGCGCCCAUGUUCUUGCUGAUUGGGAGCCUGGCACUGGCUGACCUGCUCGCCGGCCUGGGCCUGGUGCUGCACUUUGUUUUUGCCUACCUGCUGCGUUCAGACCCGGCACAACUGCUCACCGUAGGGCUGGUGGUAGCCUCCUUCUCGGCCUCCAUCUUCAGUCUACUGGCCAUCACCAUCGACCGCUACCUGUCGCUCUACUACGCGCUUACCUACAACUCAGAACGCACGGUGACCUUCACACACGUCAUGCUGCUGCUGCUCUGGGCUGUGUCGCUGGGCCUGGGCCUGCUGCCUGUCACCGGCGUCAACUGCCUGGCGGAGGAAGCCACCUGCAGUGUGGUACGACCACUCACCAAGAACAACGUGGCUGUGCUCAGCGUCUCCUUCCUGCUGCUCUUCGGCCUCAUGCUGCAGCUGUACGUGCAGAUCUGCAAGAUCGUCAUGCACCACGCCCACCAGAUCGCGCUGCAGCACCACCUGCUGGCUGCCACGCCACACUACGUCACCACACGCAAGGGUGUGUCCACAUUGGCGCUAAUUUUGGGCACCUUUGCUGCCUGUUGGAUGCCCUUCACUGUCUAUGCGCUGGUGGCCGACUACACAUACCCCCCGCUGUAUACCUAUGCCACGCUGGUGCCCGCCACCUACAACUCUGUCAUCAAUCCGCUCAUCUAUGCCUUUCGUAACCAGGAGAUCCAAAAGGCCGUGUGGCUGGCAUGCUGCGGCUGUGUGCCGCCCAGCGUGCAACGGGCACGCACCCCCAGUGAUGUGUGACACCAUGGAGGCUGUGGGGGGUGGGGGGGUGUCGAUAUUGUGUACAUAAUCGCAGGUUUAGGCUGUUACACUGAGGGGGUCAGUAUCAUGUACAUACUUGCAGGUUUAGGCUUCUGCAUCAUUUGCUUUUGUGAGGCUUUGACUGUUUAUGAAUGUCUGUGGCAGAGCAGGCGGGAGUUCUUGUACCCAGAAUGUUGAUGGGUGGGGUGUGUGAAUCCCUAUACCCAGAAUGCCGAGGGGUGGGGUGUGGAAAUCCUUAUAUCCAGAAUGCCGAGGGGUGGGGUGUGGAAAUCCUUAUAUCCAGAAUGCCGAGGGGUGGUGUGCAGGGGACCCUAUACCCAGAAUCCCAAAGGACAGGGGGUGAGAAUCCCUGUACUCAAACUGGGGCAGCGAGCAGGUAUCACCAUACCCAGAAUGGCCAGGGGCAGUAGGUCAGAGUCUCUGUACUCAGAAUGCUGAGGGCAGAUGCAGUUGAUGGCUGAGAUGAUGCAGACAUCCAUUCCCAAGCUGCUGCUGCACUCUAAAUGUGCACAGAAAGCAAAGGACUUGAGAAAAGCCCAAAAUAAGCUGGUGAGCUGAAACUCCCCCGCCCUCUCAGUGCCACACUCUGCCCGUCCCCGACUGCCCCGCCCUCUCAGUGCCACACUCUGCCCGUCCCCGACUGCCCCGCCCUCUCAGUGCCACACUCUGCCCGUCCCCGACUGCCCCGCCCUCUCAGUGCCACACUCUGCCCGUCCCCGACUGCCCCGCCCUCUCAGUGCCACACUCUGCCCGUCCCCGACUGCCCCGCCCUCUCAGUGCCACACUCUGCCUCUGCCCUAACCCUAACCCUAACCGUUGACGUCGCCAGCUAACUAAUUCAAUCGCAUUUAUGCUUUUAUUCCUUUAAGGAUGUUUAUUUCUGAGGGUCUUUAACCAUGCAGUAUUUUUGUAUUCCUCUCUGGAUCAGUAUUCCGGAGUCUCUGACUUUGGCACAAUGUGGGCAUGGUCACGGCGCUGAGGGGCUGCGGCUGCAUCCCACUCAUUCAUAUUCAGACAGAGGCUUUACUUCCAUGGCCUGUUUGAUCUAACAGGUUAGGCUUGGGGACGGCAGCUCUGAUGGCACAAUGCCGGUUUCUUCCGGAAGCAUCCGUUCAGCAUGGAGGUUCAGUACAAUGGCAGGCAGACAGUUGGGGGGCAGCGGGAGGAUCACAUGGAAAUUAACAGAUGGGUUUGGCCUAGACUGAUUCUCUGCUUCCGUGAUAAUAAUCAUGAAAACCAACUAAACAGCAAUAAAUGCCUAAUGUUUGCAUUUACGGCUUGGAUUGGGGUUAAACCGUGUAUUAAAGGUCAGGGUUUUAGUUAUGGUUAAGCUCACACUAAGCUGUGUAUUUACCAUCAGCCCUGGACACAGCUAUUCUGAAGAUCCACCCAUCCCAUGUUUCCAUGGCAACUGUCAGACAGCCAGCAAUAACGGGUCUGACCACCAUAUUGUAGAGAUUACAGCAAUAUCCUAUGAGCAAUAAGAAGCAGGAGGUGAGGGCGGCCAGGCUUGAGCAGAAGAGCACACAGCCAGUACCUCACUGCUCAACAGCGAGGCCCCCUGCUGGCUCAUCCCCCAAAGACAACCCAGAUCACUCUCUCUGCGCUGUCACAUCCAGCCCAGCAGGGGGCGCUCCAAGCUGGCCAGGUGAACCACGCUGCUUCCUUGGCCCUUGACCUUGUGAUUUUUCUGUAAGUUCACUACCGUUUCCAUGGGAACAUAGAGCCGUCUUCCUGUCCUGCCUUCUCCUGCCCCCUGCCCCAGCGUGGGCUUGCUUUUUUGGAUAGACGUGGUCGCUGUUUUUGGAUACAGAUGUGACUCUACUGCAGCACAACUCUGCCUGUGACCUAAACCUUUCCAGAAGAGUCUCUAUAUUUUGUAAUAUUAAUGAUAAUAGUUUCUAUUUUUCGCAGCCUCCAUUCGCCUGCAGCUGGCCUCCAUUCGGCUCUCAGUGUGUUUGACCAUGCACCAGCUUGUGAUCGUCUGCUAGCCUCUCUGCACUCAGGCUUCCUGUGGACAGGAAGUGCCCCCCUGGAGAUCCUGUCACAUGACCAUGACCUGCUAAGAGUGAGGGAUCACCAACCACCCUGACUUUGUGCCUCCGCUGAGGUCCCAGUGGGAUGUGGGGAGAACUCCCCCUCUGAAGGCAGGAGCCAUUGGCUGUUGCAUGUACAGCUUCACGCUACUGAAACAUGACUGCCUCCUUCUGCACUGAGCUCAUUAAUGGCCUCCCAGUACUGGCUGGAGUGUAGGGGCCCAUCCAAUUGGCACUGGGGCCCUGGCUCAGGAGGCGCUGGGCACAGGGGCUGCUGGGAUGUAUGUCGACUGAGCCAUGGACUAACACAGCAGCUGCAUCGUAUGUAGAUGUUUGCGUAGUGAACUGUGAGAUGCACUUUAUUUCCCAGGAAGAACUGGCACCGCCAACCACAUAUCUGCAAAAUAGAUGAAACCCGAUAAUCGACAGGCACUAAUUAACCAAGAUGUUGUACAAUAUUGUGCUAAACAGUGGUGUAUAUUUUUUUCAAGGUGUUUAUUGUACUUUUAUUGCUUUGUUAGUCGACUUAAAGGAUCUUGUUAAUUUUGUAUUAAACUGUGCUGUGCAUUACAAA